AGAUCAAAUGCACCGAAGCGGAAGCACGCGUGCUCCUCCUACCGCCGCUCUUGUCCUGUCCUGACACGGAGUGACCCCGCCAGCCGCUGCCACUGCACACGCACAGACACACUCCUCUCCCACACUCUGCCGCACCUCUUCUUCUUCUCUGUUCUCUCUCUCUCUAGAAGAGGAACAAGCAGCUGAGGUGAGCCGAAGCCGAGCGCAGCUGCCCCAUCUCUAUCCCUCCCUCCCUGGAGGUCUCUCGCGUGCUCACAGGGACAGGGGCGUUCCUCGGCCGGGCGAGCUUCGGUAGCGGCGGACCAUGAAGGCGCUGGUGGUGGCGGUGCUGCUUCUGCUCUCCUCCACCCUCGCCGCGUCACAAUGGUGCGUGUGCAGGCAGGAUGCGCCGCAGGCCGCGCUGCAGAAGACCAUCGACUACGCCUGCGGCGCGGGGGCGGACUGCAACUCCAUCCAUGAGAACGGGCCGUGCUACAACCCCAACAACGUCCCCGCGCACUGCUCCUGGGCGGCCAACAGCUACUACCAGAACAACAAGGCCAAGGGCGCCACCUGCGACUUCACCGGCACCGCCACUCUCACCACCAGCGACCCAAGUUCUUCUGGCUGCUCUUUCCCAACAAGUGCAAGCGCUGUUGGAACAAUGACCCCGACUACUGGAGGCACAAUGGGAGGAACCCCAGGAACAGGAACCUUCACGCCCGGUGCCGGCACCACCGGCACCACCGGCACUGGCAUGGGAACCGGCAGUACUACUGGAACCACUGGCACUGGGUUCGGUUUAGGACCAGCAGGCACCGGCGCCGGCAUGGACACUGCAGCGGCGGGCUUGCUCCCAAGGGCUGGUCUGGUCGCCGUCCUCACCAUGCUCUUCCCCGCCAUCGCAUUCGCAUGACAUUUGAUCCCUAGAGACAAGUCCCUACUCCUACUAGCAGCUAGUAGAAAGUACACCACCCUUUUGGUAAGCUUGCUUCAGGAAUGCUCUGAUGAUCCAUGGAGAAAGGAAGAGAAACCUAAUGCAUCCUGUCCGAAACUCCACUAGCGGCUGCUAGGUGUUUGGUGCCGAUGGGGAUUCAUGGGUGGGGUGUCGUUUUGUUUCUGUGUGACCACACCAUGUUCUUCUGCGUGCUCUGUAAUUUGGUGGGAUGGCUGUCUCUGUCAUGCAAGGACGAUUGUCUACCUUUUAUUUCUGUUAUUAAUCAUGUAAAUGUAGGGAAGCCAGUAGGUUAGCUAGAGGCUGGUUGCAAGAGAAUGCUGCUGGGACAAUGCCAUGGUGUGCUUUUCAUCAACUUGCAUGUCAUCAAGCUGCACCCCUAUCGCCCUGUCGGUGGCUGGCUCAUGGCCUGCUGUGCCUCUUAAACCUGCAAAAAAAAUUGAGAGUAAUUUUUUUAAGUAAAA